CGUUGGAUUUGAUGCACACAGCCUGAGAUAUGUCAUCAUGGCAAGAGUUUGACUGACAUUUUGGACAAUGGCUUGAUGAAAGGCAGGAUUUGGGUGCCAUUGCAUUCCAAGUUACAGCUAUCGCGUAGUUACUUAAGUCGUACGGGAUUUCCACGUCAAGAUUACGUGGUUGGACAACUCAUUCAACUCAUUCAACCCAUCCAGCUUCUUCAGUCUCCCAAGUAUCUCACCAUUCAGCCAACUUCCAUCCUCACCUUGUAGUCAUGUCGUCACCUAACAAGCGAACAAUCCUCAUCACAGGAUGCUCUCAGGGGGGUGUCGGUAACACGCUGGCGCUCGCAUUCGCAGCCCAGGGCCUGCGCGUAUUUGCAACUGCUCGCUCCCUCAAGUCGGUGGCGAAUCUCACAGAAAAGGGCAUCGAAACACUCACGCUCGACGUGACGAGCUCGGAGAGCAUCGCAACAGUGAAGGAGGAGAUUGAAAGGCGUACAGGCGGUACCCUUGACAUUCUGUACAACAAUGCGGGUGCUCUCUACGAAGCACCAGCAGUAGAAGCAGACUCCCACCGCACCCGCCAAAUGUUCGACGCCAACGUCUUCGGCCUCUUCGACAUGGUAACAGCCUUCACCCCGCUCCUCCUCGCCGCCGUCUCCACCUCCUCCUCCCAACCGACAAUCGUCAACGUCGCCUCCGUCCUCGCCCGCCUCCCAGGCCCCUUCACAUCAGGCUACAACGCCACAAAGGCCGCCGUCGCAGCCUACUCCGACACCCUCCGCCUCGAGGUCGCGCCCCUCGGCCUCCGCGUCCUGACGGUCUACAUGGGCGAGGUCGCCACGUCCAUCAUCCAGGCCAACAACAUCGCCUUUGACCGGGACAGCCUGUACGUCGACGCCGAGGAUAAAUUGCGGGAGCGCAGCGCCACGCACGAGAAGACGACGAUGAAGCCCGACGAGUUUGCGCGGCAGGUCGUGCCCCUUGUGCUGAAGAAUGGCGGGAGCCCGUAUGUCUGGAAGGGCACGAACGCGUGGCUUGUGUGGUUUUUGAAUGCGUUUGGGCCGAGGACGGUGUUUGAUGGGACUAUGAAUGGGACGUCUGGGUUGGGUGAUGCGGUGAUUAAGAAGAAGAUUUUUGAGAGGGGGCAGGAGAAGGUCAAGAAGGCCUAGGUUCCGGUUUUCCAGAGUUGGUAUGAGUCGAUGAUUGGGCGGGGUGAUGUUGGUGGUCUAGAGCGACAUUCUGAUUUCCUGUGGCGCGUUUUUGAUUUUGAUUUUGCUUGUUAACCUUUUCCUGAGAUGAGCCGCAACAGGAAUUAGAGUAGAACUACCUAUCAGCACUUAAUCCAAUUUUCCCGUUUGUCGAG